UAAAAAAUUGAAAAACAUGAAGAGGCAAACGCGCAAUAAUUGGUUGAAGGAAUCACUUCAAACACCUUCUUCAUCUCAUUCCGUUCCUCUCUCUACACGCGAGCUGUCACUAAUCUAAGCUAUAAAAUCAAAAUCAUCUCAAUCAAUCUCGUUUUUUUUUUCCUUUAAACAUAACAGUCCAAACAAAUUCAAAUUCUUCUUCCAAGUUUAUGCUCGAAUUUGAAAAUCCAUGGCGUCGAACAAGAUCGAACGGGGUCACCAGAUGUACCGUGACGGACUCUACAAAGAGGCGUUAGGGUUCUACACCGAAGCCAUCGCUAUGGCGAAGACGAAUCCACAGAAGAUCGCCUUGCAUAGUAAUCGUGCUGCUUGUUUUCUUAAACUUCAUGAUUUCAAGAAGGCAGCAGAAGAAUGUACCUCGGUGCUUGAGCUUGAUAGCAAUCACAGUGGAGCAUUGAUGUUGCGGGCUCAAACAUUGGUGACCCUGAAGGAGUACCAUUCUGCACUUUUUGAUGUCAACAGACUCUUGGAGUUGAAUCCAUCCUCCGAGGUCUAUCAAAACCUUUAUGCACGCUUGAAGACACAGUUGUCACUUGCUCCAAUACCUGAGUCAGAAGAGGAGUUUGAAGAACAGGAAGAUGAGAAGGCUGAGGUGAUGCUAAAAGGUGAGCAAAAGAAGGAAGAAAUAGGACAGAAAUAUGCGGCAACUUCUAAUGUUAGGAUAGAUCAAAAGGUUGAGCUUGGCAAAGGUGUAAUUAGUAUUGAAUGUACCCCUAAAGAAACAGACCCCAAGUUUUCAUCCAAACAGGAAAGAGACCAAAAGUAUGAGCCUAAACAGUCAACAGAAGAGCUUAAAAUUCCGAGAGCACUAAACAACGAAUCAGCAGAGCAAGGAUGGCAAACAAUUCCAAAACCAAAAGGACAUUCAGCUCUGGACUAUGCACGGUGGGACAGUGUUGACAAUGAUUCUAGCGAAGAUGAUGAAGAUGACGAUGAUGAAUCUUUUCCCCAGUACCGUUUUCGUGUUAAAACAAUUGGUGUACGUCCUGUGAAAUGAGAGGAUUCAAAUACGGGGUACCAAGAAAUGGCUGUUAUGAUCUUUAGUGACCUCUGAUGGAAAAGAAUGGACUGGUUGAAAUAGCUCAAUCAUGUUAUCUGCUCGAAGAUCUACCAAUCUUAGGGAAGUACUUUUACCCGAAGCUUUGGCUGUUAAUGUGGAGUUCCUCUGAAGCUGUCAACGUUCUACUGUUCAGUUAGUUUGCUUCUUUGUAAAUAGUAAGUUGAAGUGUUCAUGUUUCCAUAUUGGAACAAAAGUACAGGGGAGAGUUUCUCACUAUGCCUUCUGAGGCCCAUAUAGCUGUAUCAAUAGAUUGAGCUCCUAUUUGUUUCUUUAAAAUAAAUGGAGAUCUGUAGUACUAUAGUUUUAGAGUACAGAUAGAUGUCACUAUUUUUAUCAUUAUUCUUAAAUGUUUUCAUGUAUAUUUCAAAACUUUAGGAAUGAAUACCAGUGCAUCUGGGGCAAGGUGAUUAUUUUUUGUGGUGAUUCUCUUUACAAUUAGUAUGGGUUUUUCUUGAUACUUAUAUUUUGUAAUAAAUAAAUAAAUAACGAGAAGGCAGCUGCGAGCACCCUUUGAUUUAUCCA